AGCUGUUUCUGAGAAGUCAGCGUUCUUCCUCUCACUUCAUCAAUACGCCGGACUCGGGACACCUUUAUUACACGCAACACCUAAAAACUGAAAAGAACUAGGCUAUACCUUCAUUGUCGGAGCUCUUCCACUAUCGAGGAAGAUACAGAGGUGACCGGCAAUUUACUCCCGCGGCACGGCGCAGGCAACCUGACAGGCGUUUGAAAGGAUGCCGUGGGACAUGCAGGAGCCGGUGUGUCUGGUGGACAAUGGGCCUGAUGGGAGCAUGAGUGUCCAGCAGGGGGCACUGCAGAUCCUGGAGCAGAUCCAGCAGCCGGUGGUGGUGGUGGCUGUGGUGGGGCUCUACCGCACGGGGAAGUCUUACCUCAUGAACCGACUGGCCGGGGAACAGACAGGCUUUGCUCUGGGCAGCACCAUCGAGUCCAAAACCAAAGGAAUAUGGAUGUGGUGUGUACCUCACCCAGAGAAACAAGGACACACUCUGGUGCUGCUGGACACUGAGGGGCUGGGGGACGUGGACAAGGGGGACUCUAAGCACGACACUCAGGUCUUCUCCCUGUCAGUUCUGCUGAGCAGCACUCUGGUCUACAACAGCAGAGGAACCAUCGACAACAGAGCAGUGGAGGAGCUGCAAUACGUCACAGAACUGGCGGAGCACAUCAAAGUGAAGGCAUCGGAUAAACGUGGCGAUGAUUCCGAGUUUGUUAAGAUUUUUCCUUCGUUCAUCUGGGCAGUGAGGGACUUCACUUUGGAGCGAAAGAUUGACGGGCAGGAUGCAACAGAAGACGAAUACUUAGACUUCGCUCUCAAGCUGAAACUUGGCAGCAGUAAAAAAGUGGAAGACUACAAUCUACCUCGAGAGUGCAUCCGGAAGUACUUCCCGUCCCGGAAGUGUUUCACCUUCCCGUUCCCAACCGACCCGGAUAAUGUGAUCCACCUGGAGACGCUGGCCCUGUCCGACCUGAAACCCACUUUCCUGGAGGUCACAGACCGGUUCUGCUCCUACGUGUUUGAGCAAAGCCAUGCCAAGCAGCUGAAGGACGGAUACACAGUGGAUGGCAGAGUCUUCAGCCAUCUGGUGAGGUCGUACGUGGACACCAUUUCCAGCGGGGGCAUCCCGUGUCUGGAGAACGCAGUGGUCGCCAUGGCGCAGAUCGAGAACGAGGCGGCGGUGCGCGAGGGCCUGGAGAUGUACGAGUCGGGCAUGGAGCAGCUGAGGAUCUACUUCCCCGUCUACCUCAAAGACCUCAACACGGAGCACGAGCGCCUCAACAGCCUCGCUGUGGAGAUCUUCAUGAAGCGCUGCUUCAAAGACGACCAGGGAGAACACCUCAAGAAUCUAGAGGAGUCUAUCAACAAUGUGUUUGGCAGUUUCGUGCAGCAGAAUGAGCAGACGUCAGCGCGUCUGUGUGAGGAGAUCCUGAGUGGGCUGUCUGAGGACUUGAGGAAAAAGCUGCAGCAGGGUGUCUACACCGCAGUGGGCGGCUACCAGCUCUUCAGCCAGGACGUGGAGGAGAUUGUGCGCAAAUACAACAGCCAAACCCGUGGGGGAGUCAAGGCAGAGGAGGUGCUGGAUGGGUUUCUGCAGCAGAGGAAAGAGGAGUCAGCUUUUAUCCUGCAUACAGAUCAGACACUGGGAGAGAGGGACCGAGAGAUCUGGGAGGAGCGAGAGCGUGGCGUCCUCCUUGAGCAGGAGGUGCGUGCUGGGGAGGAGCGUCAGCGUCGGCUGGCGGAGAGGAUGGAGGCGGAGAAGAGGAGUAAUGAGGAGCGCGUCAGACUGCUCCUGGUCAAGAUGGAGGAGGACAUGGCACAGCAGCAGAGAGAGAACCAGCGCGCCAUGGACGCCAAGCUACGCGAACAGGAGCGCCUGCUAAAAAUGGGCUUCGAUGCGAAGGCCGGGGACAUGCAACGAGAGAUGGAGGCGAGCAGGAGGAGGUGGGAGGAGGCGGCGCAGAGGAGGCAGAACACGUUCCAGCAGCAGCUGCAGCAGCAGGAGAACAGACACCAGCAGAGCCUGAACUCCCUCAGGGAACAGCAGGAGCAGAUACGCAGGGAGGCCGCCAGACCUCCCCCCAGGAGGAGUAAAUGUAGUAUACAGUAGAGGAGGAGAGGAAGAGGA